GAGACAGAGGCGUGCAGGAGCUUAGUCUUGGGGCAGAGGUGGUUUUGCACCCUUAGCCGUCUCAGACAGCCUGUCACCCCCUCCGUUGUCCCGAUGGGGAAAUUGAGGCCCUGAGCCAGAGGCACACGCGGGGGCAGGCAAAAAAGCGCGGCCAAAGACAGAGGGCAAACAAAGAGAACCACGGACUAUCGGGGAGGGGGACACACUCAGACGCAGGGACAGAGACCCAAGCGGGAGAGUGGCGCCAGGCACAGGGCGGGGGCGCAGGGAUCGCGGCGGGAGAAGAUCGGGAAGCGCGAAGGGGGGCUGGAAGGGGGAGGGGGCCGGGGGAAGCCCGAGGGAGGAGGAGAAGGAGGGAGGAACUUCCCAAAGUUACAAAACAUGGCUACCUUGCCUGCGGAGCCAAGCGCGGGGCCAGCGGCCGGGGGGGAGGCGGCAGUGGCCGCGGCAACCGAGGAGGAGGAGGAGGAAGCGCGCCAGCUUUUGCAGACUUUGCAGGCGGCCGAGGGUGAGGCGGCGGCGGCGGCCGGGGCCGGGGCGGGCGACGCGGCGGCGGGAGCGGAGGGCCCGGGAUCCCCGGGCGUCCCUGAGUCGCCCUCCGAGGCCGCUGCCGAGCCGUCCACGGGCCUCCGCUUCUCGCCCGAGCAGGUGGCGUGCGUGUGCGAGGCGCUGCUCCAGGCGGGCCACGCUGGCCGCUUGAGCCGCUUCCUGGGCGCGCUGCCCCCGGCCGAGCGCCUACGUGGCAGCGAUCCGGUGCUGCGCGCGCGGGCCCUGGUGGCCUUCCAGCGGGGCGAGUACGCCGAGCUCUACCGGCUGCUCGAGAGCCGCCCCUUCCCCGCCGCCCACCACGCCUUCCUGCAAGACCUUUACCUGCGCGCGCGCUACCACGAGGCCGAGCGGGCCCGCGGACGAGCGCUGGGCGCCGUGGACAAGUAUCGGCUGCGCAAGAAGUUCCCGCUGCCCAAGACCAUCUGGGACGGCGAGGAGACCGUGUACUGCUUCAAGGAGCGCUCCCGCGCCGCGCUCAAGGCCUGCUACCGCGGCAACCGCUACCCCACGCCCGACGAGAAGCGCCGCCUGGCCACCCUCACCGGCCUCUCGCUCACGCAGGUCAGCAAUUGGUUCAAGAACCGGCGACAGCGCGACCGGACAGGGGGCGGCGGCGCGCCCUGCAAGAGCGAAUCUGAUGGGAACCCCACAACCGAAGAUGAGUCCAGCCGGAGUCCUGAGGACCUGGAGAGGGGAGUGGCCCCCAUGGCUGCCGAGACCCCCACCCAGGGCUCCAUCUUCCUGGCGGGGGCCACCCCUCCCGCGCCCUGCCCCGCCUCCUCCUCCAUCCUGGUGAAUGGGAGCUUCCUGACUGCUGGCAGUCCGCCUGCAGUGCUCCUGAAUGGCAGCCCCCUCAUCAUCAACAGCCUGGCCCUGGGAGAGGCCUCCAGCCUGGGCCCCCUGCUACUCACGGGGGGUGGGGCUCCCCCUCCACCGCAGCCCAGUCCCCAGGGGCCCAGUGAAACCAAGACCUCCCUGGUGAUGGACCCCCAGACCGGCGAGGUGCGUCUAGAGGAGGCUCAGCCGGAGGCCCCUGAGACCAAGGGCACCCAGGUGGCAGCUCCAGGGGGAGAGGAGACCCCCGGGCCCCUGCCCCAGGUAGUGCCGGGCCCCCCGCCAGCAACCACCUUUCCCGUGCCACCAGGACCAGUGCCCACGGUGGCUGCCCCACAGGUGGUGCCACUGUCCCCGCCACCUGGGUACCCCGCAGGCCUGGGCCCCACAUCUCCGCUGCUGAACCUGCCCCAGGUGGUGCCCACCUCACAGGUGGUGACCCUACCCCAGGCUGUGGGGCCACUGCAGCUGCUGGCAGCGGGGCCAGGCAGCCCGGUGAAGGUGGCCACCACAGCAGGCCCUGCCAACGUGCACCUGAUAAACUCCGGGGUGGGUGUCACCACCCUGCAGCUGCCCUCGGCCACGGCCCCAGGAAACUUCCUCCUGGCGAAUCCUGUGUCCGGCAGCCCGAUUGUGACGGGCGUGGCCGUGCAGCAGGGCAAGAUCAUCCUCACGGCCACCUUCCCCACCAGCAUGCUGGUGUCCCAGGUCCUGCCGCCCGGCCCAGGCCUGGCUCUGCCCCUCAAGCCAGACUCCACGCUCUUGGGGCCUGAAGGCGCCCUCCCGGUGGCGCCCAGCCCCGCGCUCCCAGAGCCCCACGCCCUGGGCACCCUUUCUGUGCAGACCCCACAGCCACAAGCCCCUGCUGUCACCCCCACCACCGCCACGACCCCUGCCACCGUGGGGCUCCCCUUCUCCCCUGACUCUGCUGGCCUCCUGCCCAGCUUCCCGGCACCCCCGCCGGAGGGGCUGAUGCUAUCACCGGCUACAGCCACCGUGCCAGUGUGGCCGGCAGGGCUGGAACUGAGCGCAGGGACAGAGGGGCUGCUUGAUGUGGAGAAGGGGCUGGCGACACAGGCCCCUCACCCCGUGCUGAGGCUGCCAGACCCCGAGGGGCUGCUCCUGGGGGCUGCAGCCACUGCUGAGGUGGAUGAGGGGCUGGAGGCCGAGGCCAAGGUCCUGACUCAGCUGCAGUCCGUGCCCGUGGAAGAGCCCCUGGAACUGUGA